AUGAAAUGGAAUGAUGAUUAUUUAGUUGCUUAUGUUCAAAGUUGUAAUGUUAAUGAACAGGAAUUGCGUGAACAUUGUCAAUCUCAUCUUCCACCACAUAUGAUUCCAUCCAUAUUCAUUAUGCUUGAUAAAUUACCUUUGAAUCAAAAUGGAAAAAUAGAUCGAAAACUUCUUCCACCGCCUCACUUCUCAUCCGCACAUCUCACAAACAGUUUAGAACUACUACUACCAACAAAUGAUAUUGAAGUUAGCAUUCAUCAUAUUUGGUGUGAGGUAUUCAAACAAAAUCAAAUCUCAGUUGAUACAAAUAUCUUUACUAUCGGUGGUCAUUCAUUAAUCAUGAUGCAACUUUUUCAUCGAUACAAGAUCGAGUUUCAUUUAGAAACAAAUGCUCUUUCCAUUACUCACUUAUUUCAGCAUCCAACAAUUAUUGAUCAUGCUCAACUCAUUCAUCAAACUAUUAAUAUGACAAAGAAUAUCAAUGAUUAUCAUUGGUCGUCAUUAUAUAUCAUUCAAGCUAGAGCAUCACUUGCACAAGAACGAGUCUAUUUAGAUGAACAAAUUCGAUUUUCAUCAACAGAUAAUAAUAGUAACAACAUGUAUAUUAUUGCAUUAAUGUAUCGAAUUUCAUCUACAAAUGAUCAUAUAUCUAUUUCACGGUUACAACAUGCCUUUCAAUGUAUUAUGAGAAAACAUCAAACUCUUCGAACAGCAAUCUAUCUUAAUGCAAAUGGUGUCAUUAUUCAACAUUGUUUGGAUACACAUGCUAUCAUCAAUGAUAACAAAUCAUUCAGAUUUUCGAUGAAUCAUCUUCCCAAUGAACAGAAUGAAAUUAUGAAGAAGAUUUUAAAUCAAUCAGAUUUAUUUGAUUU